UCAAUUUUGAUAUCGCAAACCUUGAGUUAUUUUUUUGGCACUGAGAAUUACAGUUAUAUCUCAAUAUAAAAUGUCGAUAAAACAUCAUUUGUCGCAUCCAAUCGGUGCGAGCAAUGUGAUCCGUAGCAGCUCAACUGCAUACGUCGAAAGGUCACGAGAUGCUGUAAAGAUUUCGGUGGAAUCAUCUCUUUCUGACCGUGACCGUUCUCGCCAGAAUCACAAUGAUGGAAACUUGACAACAUCUAACUAUGGAGAUCUUAUACAGAGAUUACGAGCCACAUUUUAUACCGGAAAAACUCGCCCGUUGGAGUGGAGGAAGACGCAAUUGAAGGCGCUUUUAAAAAUGAUAGAUGAAAAUUUGCCAGAACUUCAUGCUGCACUCACAGCCGACUUGGGACGAUGCAAAAAUGAAAAUAACAUCUUGGAGUUCACGUUCAUAAAUAAUGCGACUUCAGAAAUGCUCGCUCACUUAGCAGAAUGGUCAGCCCCUGAAAUGGCACCCAGGAGUCUCGCGACCAUGUUUGACUCGCUGAAAAUUUUCAACGAUCCCUACGGUGUUGUGCUUGUAAUGGGAACGUGGAAUUUCCCCCUUCAGCUUUCGCUGAUUCCGAUGAUGGGCGCACUGGCUGCCGGAAACUGCGUUGUUCUCAAACCUUCGGAAGUGGCCCAGGCAACUGCGAAAGUUAUAGCACAAUUGGUACCGAAAUACAUUGACAAUGAAUGCUGUAAAGUGCUUUUGGGAGGGAUUCCCGAAACAACAGAGCUGUUGAAGCAAAGAUUUGAUUAUAUUUUUUACACCGGUUCGACACCGGUUGGUAAAAUAAUUCGCGAAGCUUCGAACAAAUUUUUAACUCCGGUGACCCUUGAACUUGGUGGAAAAAGUCCGGUUUACAUAGACAGCUCUGCCGACAUUUCGAUAACUGCCAGAAGAGUUUUAUGGGGUAAAAUGCUGAACGCUGGACAGACUUGUAUCGCUCCAGAUUACAUCUUGUGCACCAUUGAGGUCCAGGAGUUAAUUUUAAAUGAGAUUAGAAAAGUUAUCAAGGAAUGGUACGGCGAUGAUCCAAAAAUUAGUCCAUACAUCGCUCGCAUCAUCACCGAUCGUCACUUUCAACGGUUGGUUGGCUUUCUUUCUGGAAAUGGUGAAAUAGCCAUUGGGGGCGAAUCGGAUGCUUCGGAAAGAUAUAUCGCACCAACUGUACUGAUUAAUGUGAAACCUACGGAUCCGGUUAUGUGCGAUGAAAUAUUUGGGCCGAUUUUGCCAGUAGUCACCAUAUCCAACGUUUACAAGGCCGUAGAAUUUAUUAAUAGUCGGGAAAAGCCACUCGCGUUCUACAUAUUUAGCAAGAUAAAAGAUGACGUGGAUUUCAUUUUGGAGAACACAAGUUCCGGUGGCGUCUGCGUUAACGAAGCAGUUUUACAGGUUGCAGUUGAAACGCUCCCAUUUGGCGGAGUAGGUGCAUCUGGCAUGGGGUCUUAUCAUGGAAAGUACACUUUUGAUGCAUUCGUGCAUAAGAAAAGUGCGAUCAUAAAAUCGUUUAAUGGAAUGAUAGAAGCAGUCGGUUCAGUUCGAUACCCUCCUAAUACGGAUUUGAAAACUAGAUUAUUGUUAAUGUCGCUGAGAGGGCUACCAGAGAUUCCAGGUUCAAAAUAUCUGCCCUACGUUCUGGUGUUUGUGCUUGGAUUUUUUUCUUCAAUUGGAUUUCAAGAGGCACUGAAGAACUAUGCUAAUGGUGAAGACUGAUUUUCAAUGAAAAAAGUAUAAUCAACAAUGGAACGUCAAUUAACCUUUGCAACUUAUUAAUUUCAAUUUAACGUGUUUAUCGUUGGAUUGCACGUAAUUAAAAUUCUUGACCUGUAAA